CUCUUUGGCCCUUCACGACCAGGAGCCAGGAAGGAUUUUAGCUCGCCGACGAUAUCAUGUAGUCGCGGCACGUACCGAAUCCACUCGUCGAUUUCGUCCGGCGUAUAUAACCGUGAUGUUUCUCGCACGACAAUUUCAUAAUAGUGCGUGCUGGCUCUUACCUCAGUAAUAUUCUAAGGCAAGAUGCAUAGUAUGACAUUCCACGGCGGCGUCGAGGAGACGAUUCUGUUUAACGGCUGGCAUAUAAAUAACGUGUCAGGAAUGAUUAGUUCUGUCAUUGGCAUUAUUCUGCUAACUGCAUUAUACGAAGGACUAAAAUCUUAUCGCGAGUUUCUUUUUGCGCGCACGAUGUUUCUUAAGAAGAACCAAAGGAGAUCUAGGAAUGCAUUGUUGUUCUCCAAAGCGCAUUUUUUGCAAACGUUUUUACAUGUAAUCCAGGUAGUGCUUGCCUAUUUUAUCAUGUUUAUUUUUAUGACGUACAACUAUUGGCUCUGCAUCGCCAUUGGAGUUGGAACAGCUGUCGGAUAUUGGUUAUUUGCGUGGGAAAAAACUAAUAAUGACAAUACAGAUUGUUGCUCGUAAAUAUAUCUUUCAAAAAUCAAAAUUUAAUAAUUUUUUUUUAACAAUAAAUUAUAUCAAUUAAUAUAUUUUUUUUUAUAAGAAGUCGGCUAAUAAUAUAUCAUAUUAUAAAAUAUACUCUUAUAUAUUUUUGUACAUAUAUAUAUCUUUGUGGACUCUGUCGAGAUUGGUCAAUGCGGCAGUUUUUUAUUUGACUAAGAGAUAAAGUAAUAUAUCGAGUUAAAAAUCGUAACGUUAAUAUCUAACAUAAUAACAAACUCAGGAAAUAACAAUUACAUCUUGAUAUUAAUUUAAUUUAUUUUUUUUUCCUUAAUAGAUAAGCGCAUAUCUGCGAGAUGAACGUUUUACAAUCGCAACUAAUCGGAAAUUAUCAAUAAAUAUUAUCUAAUCUAAUCUAAUUUAUUCCUUAUGACGAUAUCCGUUCAGAAUUGGUGUCUUUAUGAAUCUGUCACUAAUUUCAAAUAUUUCGUCAGUCGUCGAAUAACAUAGGAAUAUUUGACACAAUGGCGGACAAUCAAAGUAGUGCAGCAAUUUGUUAUUCGGAAUCAAAUGAACGUAUACGUCAACUUAAUUCAGUUCGUCAUAUUAUUUUCGGGUGGAACAGAUUUAAUUCUAUAACUUGGCUACUGCUAUUACUAUUUUUCUGCAUUUGGUGCAUAGGGUUCUUUAAUAUGUAUGAACCGACUCCGGAAGAUAAUCAUCAUGAUCAUCACGAUCAUCAUUGAAACGAAGAAUAUAUGGGAAAACAUGAAUGUUAUCAAAAAAUAGAGAAAAAUGUAAGUAUUUUAUAAUCUUUAAUAAGAAAUCCGUUACCAAUAAUAACUGUAAAUAUAUGCGCGCGUAUCAUAUAAUUUCUGUGCAGGUUGAUUUGCUUAAAUUUAUUUGUUUAUAUUAAUUUUUCAAUCUUUGUAUUAAUAAAUUGGCAUGAUAAUCACUGCAUAUUUUAUUGAUAAAAUAUAUGUAUAAUAGAAAAAUAUGACUAAUGAAAUAUCUU